GUCGAUUAAACCAUAGACUUCGGAGGAGUAUUCGAAGGAGAAAAGGCUGAAGAAAGUUUGGCACAUUUGGCCACACAAUUCCAAGACUUUCGAUAACUCCCAAACACCCCCAUUUUAUCCUUCCAUCUCCCCAUCCUGCAUCUCCUUUCUUUAUCCUCUUCCUUUCUUCUGAUUGACUUGUAUUGUUUAUGUUUAAUCAAUCAUCGCACCGAGAUUUUAAUUCUUUAAUUUGUGGGUUAAGAAUCGUGCACACUUUAUUCUUCACCAAAUUUAACGCUCUGAGAGACAACCCAGAUCAGUUCUUGAGCAAAGUAAGGGUUUUCCCUAACCUUUCAAUCGUCAUACAUGUAGGAAAAUUUCUAAUCUUGUUUUUACUUGAUUUAUAACGAUACCCACUUGAAGAUUUGAGUAGAUGAUACGCUUCGUUGGUGGUAUUUGACUUUAAUUUGGAUCGAUUUGUCUGAUCUAGUUGAAGGGGAUCUUAUAUCAGCUCAGAGACUAUUUAAUUUCAAGGAUUCGAAGUUUUCAGCGUGAUCACAAUUAAUGGUUGUCGAUCAAAAUCAAGACCAUCACUGUGUAGCUUCUAGGGCUACAUAAUUGUUCCUUUGCACUCAAAAUCAUAUAGAUCUUGGGCGUUUUUAGGAAUUUGGAUAUGUCGGGAGUUGUUCAAGAUUCACUAGAGAUUAAGUUUCGUUUGAUUGAUGGAUCAGAUAUUGGUCCAAAAAGUUUUCCAGCAGCUGCAAGUGUUGCAACCUUGAAAGAAAGCAUCCUUUCUCAAUGGCCUAAAGAAAAGGAGAAUGCACCAAGAACUGUAAAAGAUGUAAAGAUAAUUAUCAACCCCCACAGGAAAAAGAAAAGAAAGCGACAAGUAACCUUAAACAAAACAAAUGUGCGUGUGUUAUAUUAUGAGAAUCGAUCCCGGGUCAAAUCGUUUACAGAUAAAGAUUGCUGGUAUAGUUACAAAUGAAUGAUGAUACGGCAGUUGAGAUCAGAAUGGUUGGACAAUGAAGAUCUUGAAUAAAAAAAAAUAUAUCAGAAAAUAAGGGAAAAAAGACACAUGUGAUUAAUAUAUGUAUUAUACAAGUUACUGUUCAAGGUUUAUAUACAAUUGGUGAGGCUUCCAAGUUCCUUUUUUUUUUCCGUAUUUUUGUGGAUUCUUGAAUACUAUUCUGAAACGCUCAGCCUGAUUCUCUUAAGGAUUGAAAAUUUGUGACUAGAUAUGAAUAAACAACAAUGAUUAUGAAUUUUUUACGUGACAUUUAUGAAAAUCGUAGAUUGGAUUAUUGGAUUAUGGUGGUUAUUAUGAAUUUAUGAUUUUACAGAAUCUUCCCAUCGGUAUAUAUUCCUAAUCUUUUUCCAAUAUGGUAUUUACCAUGGUUCUAAAAGGCGCGCCUCAAGGCGUGCCAUGGCGUGAGGCGUGGUGUAGCCGUUACGAAAACGUUCAAUGCGGGUUUGUUAAGCGUGACGCCCAAAUAACGUGUCAAGGCGCGCCUUAUCGCGUUAUGACGCGAGUUUUUUUCAGUGUCCUAGUUUGAUUGAAAUGCAUAAACAGUUAUAAAAAUUUAGAACCUUGGUAUUUACUAUAUAGUGUCCUAGUUUGAUAUUUAUUCAAUGAUUG